GGCAGCGAGAACAGGUGGCGCUGGACGAAGUUUCGGGCGGAAACUUGUAGGUUCAGAGGAGGUUAGGCUGCUUCUUAUAAAUAUGUAAGUCCAUUUUUACCGAAGGCCGGUUUAGAACGCAGGCGAACUGUUUAACAAGAGCGACAAUAAAAGCGAUACAAGCUGUUUGGUGCGGGGUGUUUGAGGUUUUUUGAGGUGUCCUCUGCUUGAAAAUGGAUUGAUCAUCGACCCUUUGACGGAUUGUUGUCACUUCUGAUCCCAGGUCUGCGGUCUAACAAGAAAAAACCCCCCAAAAAACACCGCGUCCUAAAAGCUUUGGAGAUAUCUUAGGACUAUUAAUAAUAUAAUUUGCCCAGUGGUUUGGACUCCCUUUAACUGUUAUCAUCUUUCUUUCCCACGUCUCAGGCCCCAACCGCCAGUUCAAGAUGACAGAGAAGGUCCCAUGGUGGAAGGUGUUCAUCCCAAAGAAAAAGAAUGCGGAUCCGUACGGCUUGGGCCCUGACUUCAACCCUUUCGCCCAGCAACCAGAGAGGCUGAAAGACCCGUCCUCUUCGUCCAAGACCACCACCGACCAGACCCUCCCCGCGCAGGGCUCCAGUCUCCUCAGCGACGAAACCUUCGAUGACUCCAAGCUGGAAUCGGUGUUCAACGAGCAGACGUGCCGCAGGAACAUGAAGGUUUCCCGCUCGGGUCGGUUCAAGGAGAAGAGGAGGCCACGCUCGACCCUUCCCAUCGAGGACAAGGGGAGGGAAGCCGCAGCGCCAGGCAGGGAGGACAAACGAUGACCCUGGGGAGAGGAGUGGGCGUGUGUGUGCGUGCGUGUGUGUGCGUGUGCAUGUAAAAAGACUGCUUCACAGUAUUGCUUCAAAAGGAGUGGGAUUUAAAUAGCUGAAGGAACUUUAGUCUCAUGAGGCAUUGUACUGUACUGAGCGCUGGGGAUGAUGUUAACGUGGGUUUUAUGUCAGUAAUGCAGAAUUCUGAAUAUGAGUUCAAAUCUAUUUUUAAGAUUUAAGACAUUUUGUAGGGUUAUGUUACAAAUGUCUUAUGUUUUUUUUCUUAUCAAGGUCAUUGAACCAUUUUGCACAUGAAAUGUCACAAAUGCAACUCAAAGGGCAAGUAUGAGAAGCAAUGGGCUGGUAUCGGAUUCUCUCUCUAUGAAAAUAUUGAGUAAAGGUAUCAUGAAAUGUACAGCAUCACAUCGUGGACUGGCGACUUGUCCAGUUAUUGGUACCAUCCCACGGUUUUUUCCCAACUGCAGUUUAAACCAGCAAUAUCUUAAUGUUGAUAACUGGGACUUCUUUAGUUUCUAUAUCUCAAUUGCCCACUGCUUUUGCAAUUAAAAUAUUUCCAAAUGGCAGAAUUGGUUCACCAAAAGAAGCCAUCAUUAAGCUGACGUUGAACACCAGAAACUUCUAUGAUGGAAAUAUUUUUUGAAUGGUUUUGAAACAAAUUUUUUUUAAACCUUGAUUUUUUUUUUUUAUCACGAUA